AUUUCACCCAAGGAGGCGAAAACAGACCGCCACGCCUGUAGGCGGACCCGCACAGCCGUAGCAUGUAUCGUCAGACCAGACAUAGGAUAGACAACAACAGUGACAGAUCAAGACCGCAUUUCUGUUUGCAACCAGCUAUGGGUGUAGUCUGAAAAGUGGAUACAGUAGCGCACCGCAAUAUACCUCGAAGUUUUAUCCUCAUGAAGGAGCUCCGUCCUGGUUGAGUUUGGGAGAUGGGAGUACACAACAUUGCAGACCAGCCUCCUCUGGUCCAGGCCAUCUUCAAUCGUAAUGCUGAAGAAGUUCAACUAUUAUUGCACAAAAAGGAGGAUGUCAAUGCACUGAUCAUGUUUAUUCCACAGGACCAAGAGCGCCGUACGCCACUUCAUGCUGCUGCCUGUGUGGGUGACGUCCAUAUAAUGGACCUCCUCAUUGAAUCAGGUGCCACUGUAAACGCUAAAGACCAUGUAUGGUUGACCCCGUUGCACAGGGCAGCUGCUUCCAGGAAUGAAAGGGCAGUGGGUCUGCUGCUGAGGCGCGGAGCAGAGGCAAAUGCACGAGACAAGUUCUGGCAGACACCGCUGCAUGUGGCCGCUGCCAACCGUGCCACACGCUGCGCAGAGACCCUGCUGACCCAGCUGAGCAACCUAAACAUGGCCGAUCGCACCGGUAGAACUGCCCUGCACCAUGCAGCUCAGAGUGGGUUCCAGGAGAUGGUGAAGCUGCUGUUGAACAAAGGGGCCAACCUGAGUGCCAUCGAUAAGAAGGAGAGACAGCCUAUCCAUUGUGCUGCUUACUUGGGGCAUGCAGAGAUUGUGAAGUUGCUGGUGUCCCGCAGUGCAGACAAGGGCUGCAAGGAUAAGCAGGGCUACACACCUCUCCAUGCUGCUGCUGCAAGUGGUCACAUCGAAAUUGUAAAGUACCUACUGAGGAUGGGGGCAGAGAUUGAUGAGCCCAAUGGCUUUGGAAACACUCCACUUCAUGUGGCUUGCUACACGGGUCAGGAAGCUGUGGCUACCGAGCUGGUGAACCACGGAGCUAAUGUUAAUCAGCCCAACAAGUGCGGCUACACCCCUCUGCAUCUGGCUGCCGUCUCCACCAACGGUGCCCUCUGUCUGGAGUUGCUGGUCAACAAUGGGGCAGAUGUCAACCAGCAGAGCAAAGAAGGGAAGAGCCCCCUGCACAUGGCAGCCAUUCACGGACGCUUCACACGCUCUCAGAUCCUCAUCCAAAAUGGUGGGGAAAUUGACUGUGUGGAUAAGUAUGGCAAUACUCCUCUCCACGUUGCUGCUAAGUACGGCCAUGAACUGCUGAUCAGCACUCUGAUGACCAACGGAGCAGACACGGCCAGACGCGGGAUCCAUGGAAUGUUCCCCUUGCACUUAGCUGUGCUGUACGGGUUUUCAGACUGUUGUCGCAAGUUACUCUCCUCAGGUCAGCUUUAUAGUAUAGUUUCAUCUAUGAGUAAGGAGCACGUACUAUCAGCUGGGUUUGACAUAAACACCCCUGACAACUUUGGGAGGACCUGUCUACAUGCUGCUGCCUCUGGAGGAAAUGUUGAAUGUCUGAACUUGCUCUUAAGUAGCGGUACCGACUUGAAUAAGAGGGACAUAAUGGGAAGGACACCGUUGCACUAUGCGGCUGCUAAUGGGAGGUACCAGUGCACUGUGACCCUGGUGAGCGCUGGCGCUGAGGUCAACGAGCCUGACCAGACAGGCUGUACUCCUCUGCACUACUCUGCAGCCUCCCAAGCCUUCAGCAGAGUUGAUCGUCAUUUUUCUGGAAACCAUCAGAAUGAUGAGGAUGAGGCAAAGGAGUCAUACUUCUGCUUGGAGCAUCUUUUGGACAAUGGUGCUGAUCCAUCGAUGGUUAACUCAAAAGGUUACAGUGCUGUUCACUAUGCAGCUUACCAUGGCAACAAACAGAAUCUUGAGUUGCUCCUGGAAAUGUCCUUUAAUGCACUAGGAGACAUAGAGAGCAGUAUUCCAGUCAGUCCACUGCAUCUUGCUGCUGAUAAAGGUCACUGGCAGGCGCUGCGUGUGCUGACGGAGACUGCAGCCUAUGUGGAUAUGCAGGAUGCUGCGGGUCGUUCUGUGCUCUACUUGGCUGCCCAGAAAGGCUACGCCCGCUGUGUGGAGGUGCUGUUGGCUCAGGGGGCCUCCUGCCUCCUCAAUGAUAACCGCCUCAUGUGGACUCCAAUUCAUGUUGCAGCUGCCAAUGGUCACUCUGACUGCCUGCGCAUGAUGAUUGAUUACGGGGAAGAGGGGGAUCUCACCAACGUUGCAGACAAAUUUGGCCAGACCCCUCUGAUGCUAUCUGUUCUGGGAGGUCACACUGACUGUGUCCACUUCCUGUUGGAGAAGGGUGCCUUGCCAGAUGCCAAGGACAAAAGGAGCAGCACAGCUUUGCACAGAGGGGCGGUGUUGGGUCAUGACGACUCUGUGACUGCCCUGCUGGAGCACAAAGCUUCUCCAUUGUGUCGGGACGCCCAGGGUAGGACACCGCUGCACUACGCUGCAUCCAGAGGCCACACAGAGAUCCUGGCCAAUCUGGUGCAGGCCACCAUGGCAACAGACCCGCAAGAUAAACUGCUGGACAACAAACAAUACACCCCAUUACACUGGGCUGCUUACAAAGGGCAUGAAGACUGUUUGGAGGUUUUACUUGAAUUUAAAACAUUUAUUCAUGAAGAGGGAAACCCUUUCACCCCCCUGCACUGUGCUCUGAUGAAUGGCCACAGCGGUGCAGCAGAGAGGCUGCUGGAAUCUGGGGUCCACAUGAUUAACACCAGAGAUGCCAAAGGAAGGACCCCACUGCAUGCUGCUGCAUUCGCUGAGGAUGUUGCAGGACUUCAGCUGGUGCUUCGCCAUGGAGCAGAGAUCAAUACAGUGGACAAAAGUGGACGCUCUGCUCUGAUGGUAGCUGCUGACAAGGGACACAGUGGCACCGUGGCCAUCCUCCUUCACCGGGCUAAGGCUGACCUGACACUGCUGGAUGAGAACAGGAACACUGCCCUGCACCUGGCCUGCAGCAAGGCUCAUGAGAUGUGUGCCCUGCUGAUUCUGGGGGAGAUCCACAGCCCCACACUCAUUAAUGCCACCAACAGUGCUCUGCAAAUGCCCCUCCAUCUUGCAGCACGUAAUGGCCUGGCUACGGUGGUGCAGGCACUGCUGAGUAGAGGAGCCACUGUGCUGGCUGUGGAUGAGGAAGGACACACCCCAGCCCUUGCCUGUGCUCCUAAUAAGGACGUGGCUGACUGCCUGGCUCUGAUCCUCUCUACCAUGAAGCCUUUCCCCCAGCGGGACCCUUCCUCCUGCUCCUGCUCCUCUCCCACCGUCUCCCCGUCCCCGGGUCUCAACUUGCUGAAGCACUGCGGCAUCACCGCCGCCUGCACCCCGCUGCCCAGCAACGGCCUCCACAAUGGCUACGUCAAAGACCGUCACGGUGCACCGGUCGGCCUGGACGGGUGUCUGUCUGAGUGAGGUCACGUGCCCCCCUCAGUCAGCUGCUAUCACCAUCAUCACCACCGGGGGGGACUCCCUUUAACAUGGCCCAGAGGACCAGGAGAGCACCCACCCACAUGUCUGUUCUGUGUAUGUAUGUGUUUGUGUGUCUGUGUGUGCGUGAGUGUUUGGUCUUCUCUUGAGGUGCAGUCAAACCUAAUAUGCAAUUAGAUCCCAUUCCUCCAUCUCCUAGUAGUGCUUAAUAUGUAGAGGCAGAUUGCUCUACAAGGUCACUCGGAUGAAGUGUGGCAUCCAAAACAAACACUAGCAAUCUGGCCAUCUCUAAAUCAUUUAACCCUUUAAACCAUGUUGACAUAAUUAUAUAACCCACAUCUAAGAGCAUGGUAAUCUCUGUAUCCUCGGCUGUCUUUCUCUUUAUAUCAUUCAGCAUAAAAGUCAUAUCAUGUUUAAUAAGCUGUGGUGACCUUGUAGAGGAACAUACAGCCUUCCCAAAAGAGUGAUCAAAGAGUUUUUGUUUGUUUCUUAAUUAUUAUUUCUUUUUUUUGUUUUUAAUUGUCCGUUAGCCUAGAUUUUUAUGAAGGAACGACACAAGGGAAAAUCAAAAUUUAGCUUAAGAGUGCAAUGCUUGUGUACUACAGUACAAUCUGAAAUUAGGAAAAGGGUCACAAAGAUGUUAAUUCCAUAGUGUACUUUAAAUGUACGGCCUAGAAUUGUUUGGCAUUUUAAGAUAAUUUGGUAAUGCUGCUGAAUACAUUAGCAUUUCUCCUUCCAAAGGAGAGCCAUGUUCGGGUCAGCAUUGUAACAUCGAUUUGUCGUUAAUGCUGACUUCAUGUUUUAAAGAUGCUAAAUAAGUGUUUGUUAAGCUAGAAUGUUUCUAAGCAUAUAACUUAUGACCAAAGUUGAUCAACACUAUUAUGGCUAUAAAUUAUUUAUUUGAGAUGAACUGUACUGUAUAGAGAAAGACAAUAGAUCUCGAUAUACCUCGUCAACUCGUUUAGCAGCUGCUUCAUCUUCACCCAGGGUCCGUAGGCCUAAUGUUCUCUUUUUGUAGGACUAGAGAACUACUGUAGGAUAGUGACUGACUGAGGCCUUGUUUAUUUCUAGAUGAAGGCUUUACUAGUAAUAUCUGCCAACAACACCUCAUCAAAGCAUCAUAUAUCUGAGCACAUAAAUGAACAAGCCAUUUCAAUUUAUUUCCCAUCUCUUUAACAGUGUUUUUUGGAAAAGAUUUCAGAAUUUGAAUGGCCUAAUUUUUGAAAGAGAGCAAUUAGUUUUGGUUUUUAGGCACUCGUGACAUGUCUUUUUUUUUUUUUUUUGUUUCUUUGUUUUUUCUUGUUUCUGAAGUUGAACCUGCCAUCUGCAUUGUGGCUUUAACAAGCUCUCUCUAAAGGAGUAUUUUUUUUGGCGCUGAUGAACUAGUCUUAAACAUCUAAUAGCUCAUAUUUCAACUUCUCGUGGUCAACACUGAUCAAUUUGAACGGAUAAAGAGCAUUUGUCUUCUAUUUUUUAUUGGGCAGUUUUCGAGCAAUAUUUUCUUUUGGCCUUUUUGUUUAACAUUAUUGAAUAGACAAUCACUGUCACAAGGGCUUUUGUUUCCCUGGAAUGUGUUUGAAUUUUUAUUUUUUAUUUUUUUAUUUUCGUUUUUAUUAUUUCAUGAAAAAUAACCUAAAGACUAAACGAAUGGCUCUGUGUGUGCCGGGCAUUUUACUGUCAGUGUCAACACAAAUGCACUGGAUUGCCUUUAUGGCAUCUCAUGAAAUGCCUUUUGACCCAUGCCUUCCGUAACACAUCAUUUCAGUUGGAUUGCGUAAUGGCAGAGUAUGAUGAGCCCUGAGACUGGUUACUACUUUCCACCUAUUUAAUAGCAACAGAAUUGAACCACAGUUGCAAAAAAAUCUAGUGGAAAACAAAUUGCCCGGCAUAUCUUUAUAUGACCCGGCAUUAUCAAUGACCAGGGAGUUGACAUCCCUUGUAGAAGCAAAUAGGGCUAAGAGGAAAAGGAGAGGGAUCUUUGCUUAGGCCAAUACCUGUUUAGAUUUCAGGAAUAGCAGAAAUCCAAAUAUGUGCUUUUUUGGUGUUUAUUUUGUUGUCUCAUCCCAUUUCUGGUACUAACCAUACUAAAGAUGAUUGUAUCGGACCACUAGAGCUGUUUGUGACUUUAAGAUGUUAUAUCUAUGCUAUUUUAUCUUUAUUUUUAUUUUUUUUUUGACCAUCUGCUGGUGGUUAAAUUACACUGAGUCAGAUUGUUUUCAUUGGUGUGAUAAUUUCAUAUCCACUGGUAAUGAAGUGGCACAAUUGCACACAUUAGUCGACUGGAUGAGAGAUGAGGACCUAGACUAGGCUAUGUUGUUUAAAUACCCCUGCAAAACUUUAGUGUAUUUAACUUGAUUUACUAAAACUGACAAAGUCUAUUUCAGAGCGGUGAUUUCUCAGUAAGUGUUAUAGAUUGGUAUUUAGCAUUUCAACUGAAAUGGAACUAACUAACCCCCAGCUUUUGUUCUCUUGAUCAAAUUUAUAAGGAGAAGUUUUAUUAUUAUUAUUGUUGUUGUUGUUAUUAUUAGAGAUAGGUACAUCAUUUUUGUUGUAAUCUCAGGAUCUGUGCCGAAACCGCAGGCAGAAUUUAUUAAUCCAAUCAGAUCUCAGCAGGAUGAGUAUGUCUACUUUUUAUUUUAUUUUUUAUUUUUUUUUGGAUGGGAUGUUCCAUAAAUUAAUAACCUAAUCCCACAGCACUUAAUUAGAUAGUCAAAGCACGCACUUUAGUACAUUCAGGUUCUAAGUGUGCAAAAUAGAGCAGAUGUAAUGUAUGUACUUAUGUUUACAUGCAUGUGUGUUGCUGCUGAAUACAGAAAGGUAGGGUUACAAAAGACAAACAAAGGCUGCAACAAAUUUGUACUCUAAUAAUGCAUUAUUUAAAAAAAAAAAACAAACAGCAUCUCUACUUCGGGACAGUGUCCACUGCCCACUGACUUUUUUUGUGUUAUCUAUAUAUGGGCAGCUGGCCCAAAAGAGUGACAUUGUUACAUUACCCAGCCUACUGUUAAUAAUGCAGACUUUGGCCUCAGUCACUUAAAGUCAGUCCAGUGAUUCAACAGACACCUCAGGCAGGCUCCUCAAAAUACUCGACAUAGACUCAUCUGUAGGUGCUGUCUGUUUGGGCAGGGAUUUUCUUUUCUUGUGAUGUCCUUAUCUGACCAGUAAAUGGAGCCAUUGCCCCUGCAACCAUACAAUUUGCAACUGAAUCCUUUUGUUGUAUCACAGUAUUCUUAUACAUGCUUUUUUUUUUAUUUGUGUGUACUAGUGAUAACUGAGUGAUUGUGCAUGGAGCUAGGUCACAAUUUUGAUAUAGUAACGGUUGAACAAGUGGAGCAUAUACAAUAUAUCUGUUGUCAGAAAGCAUUGAAAGGUCCAAUUGUAGCAAUAGAGUGUAUGUAAUAGUGUGCAGCACAAACAUUGCACUGCCAUCCAUUUAGGCCAAUUCAGUAAAUCAUGGCAUUAAUGCCAAUGGAAGAUAUAAAUGCGGGUUAGAUGUUAUAAUCUUUGGUCACAAAUAAGGCCGGUUUGCCAAAAUGUCUCGAGAGGGGAAAACCCUCUUAGUAAAGCAGCAAUGGAUUUAUGCAUAUGUUCAGUUUACAGUCUGACCAUCAAAUCUGAGCCAUGAAUUUUCUGACUGAAAUGAAUGUAGGGUCAGUUUAGAGCAGGACAAUUUGCUUUCUCCCGACUUUAAACUGUUGCUCUCCAUUUGUCUUGCGUAGAUAUGAUUAUACAGGUAGCAUGUAAUAACCUAAUUCUCUACAUAUUAUACAGUAUGUGUAGUAGUCUUCCUGCAUUAAGGGUCUGGAUAUGAUUUUUGGCAUUAUUUUUGGAGUAUAGGCCUGCUGUUGUGUAACAUCACCCUUCUUUCUCUAUACAUAUAUAUUUGUGUGGAGUGUAGCCUAUAAGGUAAACAGAGGACAAGAGUUAAGAUGAAUUUAACAUUCACGUCCAUCCAUUCCAUUGAGAUUGCCUUACAGUACAGUAAAACAAGAGGGACAAAAAGGUCUACAGUAGAUAUGAUCACACAUACUCGUAAAAAGCCUAUAUUUGACAGAAAUGCACCUAAGCUUAUACCCAUUUAGUGCCAUAGAAACCUUUAUUUGCCUUUAGACAUAAAUCAUACUUACUUGGUCAGUAACGUAUUCAGAAGUAGGCAGGAUUAUUACAGUUUUGUGUUUGGCGCUGCAUGUCUUUUCACCAAUUAAAUUAGUCAAAGAAAAACUAUAUAAAUAUUUGCAUGGAUAUUAGUACUUAAAUGCAAGUAUUCUGUAAAAAUUGGUGGUGGUAGAAGUCUAUUGUAUAAUUGGACAUUUUUUAAGAAUAUAGUUAGUCCCUUUGGUAUUGGCAAAGCAAUCCCUAGGUUGUGUGUUUGUUUAACAAGAUGGUUUAUAGUGAGCGCGUGUGUGUGUGUGUGUGUGUGUGUGUGUGUGUGUGUGUGUGUGUGUGUGUGUUACCAGGAAAAAUACAUUUUGAUGUCCAAAAAAAAAAAAAGCAUGGUGUAUACGGUAUAGAAUUGAUUUGCCUCAAUGGAUGUCUCGGUUCUUACUUGAAGUAAAUGGCAAAUUUCAAUUCAACUCUCUGAUCCACUGUUGAGCCUUUUGCCUUAAAAGCUGAAAAAGGAAAUGAUACCUGGUGGUACCUGAUAAGUGUCAUCUCAUGUAGAGUUAUGCUGCUUGGUUAGAUUGCUAAAAAGAAUUUGGUCUUGCAGACAUCUUUGGGUGUCGAGAAGCACACAAAUCGAUUUGAGGUAGCACAUAGCUCAAGGUUGCCAUGGUGCAGAGAUUGUUCUGAGAGGUUAGGAUAUCGCCAUAUUUGCCACUGUGAAUGAAUGAAUUCAGAAUUCACUCGUAAACAAUCAACUUUGGCUUCUCUGUCAUCCAGAGCCAAAUGACACUGGGGAUAAAAGUGGUGUACCUCAAAAAAAAUGUGGAUGGAAAGGAAAUUCUUAAGAAAAAUGCUUGUACAGCUAUGCUAACAAAGAGUUAAAAUCUUGUGAUCCAUCUUGUUGUGGAUAGUGUAAUUCUGCUUAAACCAGCCUAAAUCAGAGAUGUAUCUAUGCGGAAGUGUUAGAUUAGUGUCGGCAGAUGUCUCAUGUUUCCUACCUUACAAAGAGGCAGCCAACUGCACUUUGUACUUUUUAUUGGACCUGCAGUUUUACCUCAUCAGUGACAUUUUGUGUGACAACGCUGACAUUUAUCCUCUGUGAUUUUUUUUUUUUUUUUUUUUUUUUUUUCGCGUUUUUCCUGAUGCCAGUUGUGUAGAUUUCUCUUAUAGUGUGUGUGCGGCUCUUCAAUAUAUGCAUGUCAAACCUAAACAUGCACAAGUCCCUUUUUUUUUUUUUAGAACUGAAAAGCAUAGUCAACAUGUUUCUCUUCAUUACAACCAACAGAUGAGUCUGUUAUUUGGUGCAGGUCAUAUGGGGUGAUGGGUACAGUCUGAUUUUAAGGUGGGAAAUGAAGGUAGCUAUAAAACAUUACCUCUAAGUCAAAACAAUAAAAAUUUUACUGUACGACCGCCUUCCCUGCAUGAACACUUGUUAUUAAUUUCCCCCCACCAACAAGACCUGUGUAAUAUUGAGCACAGUGGUGGCAUGGUGCCUUUUAUUUGUUACUACCGAAAGGUACGGUCUUCCAUUUGUAUUUCCCAGAAGCCUUAUAAUGGGAAAAUGAAAUUACACUGAACGUACACUACUAAAGUAGAUGGACUCAUAUUCCCUCUGGCUAUGAUUAUUUCAACCCUAUUUGAUCUGAAUUAUAAGGAACAAAAGCCUAAAUAACUCCUUCUGUAUUAGUCUGGAUUUCAUGAUGCAUUUCCAGUGACUGAGUGCUCCCUUAGGGUGGCAGAAUAAAAUGCACAUUAACUGAUGCGAUUUACGGCAUAUCAACAUUGAAUGGAUGGGGAUCAAAAGUACGAAAGCACAAAUCCAAAGAAGGCACCUUGGGGCUCAGUUGGCUCUCCCAACACCAAGGACUGAAGGAGCCUGUAGACCAAAUGUAGGCAAAGAUGAGAGGAAAAACACCUGACUCCUCUGAGUGCAGAAUACAUGAGGUUCAAUUGUCAGUAACACAUUUAACUGUAGAAAGACCAUUGUCUGGAAAUUCAGAGCUUCUUCUGAUUGUUCUAAACUCGUUGGUAUUCAUCGACAAUUACUAACUUUACAAUACAAACCAAGUUGUGAACUGAUGUGGUACCUACCUGCAUUCAACAUCCAAGUUUAGGCAAACUGUUGUGACUGUGUUGCAAAUUGAUUGUAGAGAUUGUUUUGUGUUGUUUAGGGUAGAGUGACUACAAGUAGGGUUGCAGUAGUAGCUGUGUGCAGUGUUAAUAAUAGUGUGAUCAUACUAUAGACGUGACGUAAUAUUUGUUGUCUUACCACGACAUUAAGGCAUGUAUCAUCCUCUCAAGCUGACCUCGUUUGAAAUAGACAAAAGAUAAAAGUGCAAUAACCUUUUGUUUAUCAUUGCUUCCUCAGUUAAAAAAAAAACAAAUUUAAUAAACCCUUUUUGUUAACACCAAAAGUCACUCAUCUGUAGCAAAUGAAGGAUUUGAAGUGGUCCUCUUGUUUGUGUUCAGAGAGGUGGCAUUUGAAAGUGGAGUGUUUGAUAUUACAUUCUUAAAACUGUGAUCAAUGUCCAACUUUAAAAGCUGCCUGCUGAGAGAAAGGACUGUGUACAAGUUGACUGAUAGAUUUGAAUAGGUGCAUUUUUAUUUUUUAUUUUUGUUUACUUCUUAUGGAUGGACUUUGAUGAUAUUGUAGUUUGGACUUCUGGUUUAAUAGCCAGUAGUCAUGUUCAUUUGCAUGUGUAGAUGUGUAUAUGCAUCCUCUUCCUCCUUGAAUGAAAUGUUUUCUCAAAAAUAUUUAGACCUGCUGUCAGUGGUGUUUGCGGAUAAAAGGAAAUAUGAAAUGCCUUAUAUUUGUUUUCAAUGUUAAGCAUUAAGGGUUCUUACGUGUCCUUCCCUUUUCAGCGUGUAGCCUAAAGCUUGUACAGUUAAGAAACUCAUGAGAUUUAUAUCUACUGUAUAGCCUAUGUGUUUUCAGAAUUUGUUACUUGGAGGUCCUGUGAUUGUGGUUUUAGAGAAACAUUUCCCUUGAAAGUGCCGUUUGUUUUCACCAGCAGAAGAUGUGUCUGGGGGGGGGGGUGUUUAUUUACACAAAAGAAAAAUGUUCGAUACACUUUCCAGUGUUUACUGUUGAACAGAAUGACACAAAGUAUUUGUGCAGGUGAAAUAAGGCAACAAUCUUCUGAUGGAGCACCUUAUUGACUUGCUCCUUCUGUGAGCCCACAGUGGAAGUAGUCUAACACAAAGCUUGAUUACUUUAAAGCAGAGCCAUAUCAGAGAAUUUGCCCGUUAGGAGCCCCCUUGAAUGUGCUAUUAGAGAUAGCCUACUGUAGGAAAGGAUGUAUACUGCAUGUUCUGUGACAUUUUAGUUGUGGUUGUCCCAUUAAUGUUUUUUAUUUUUAGUCUGUUUCACUGUAGAUGUUGCCACCUCAUUGCAACCUCACAAGCUAUUAACAAUCUUCUCACAACUGGAUUUAAAGCAGGCAUUGAUCUGCUGCUGAGGCAGCCUUAAUUCAUUCCAAAUUUAAAAAGGAGAAAAAUGAUGGGUUGCCUGUUUUACUUUGAGUGGCUUAUCUGGGGAAAGACAAAGGAGCCCUUGUCAUGAGGGGAAGGACUCUGAAUCAGGGCAUGUGAUGAGUUACAAUCAAAUACUUUCAUAGUGCACCUUCACGAAAAUUUUUAAAAGUUGGCUUGUCCGCCCAACAUUCCAAAGUUGAUUUCCCACAUCCCUGUCCCGCUGAUUGAUGAAAUUUUGCUUUGCUGGUGAAUGAAGUGGGCAUGUGUGUCAAUGACAGGGUUCCCUAUUUAGCCUAACGCUGAUUACCUCAUUUACAAAUCUGCAAAUAUACUAUUCUACUGUGUGUGUAAACGAGUCAAUGCCAUCACCAGCAGUGUGGUCUCUAGACCUGUGAUGACGACAGGACCAAUGAAGUAACUCUGUUGAAAAUUAGGCAAUUUAGAAAUAUGACCAGUCUGGACAUACAGGUUUAAGACACGAUUUAAAUUUUUUGUAAGGCAGAUUGGGCCUCUAGGAAUUUCAGUUAGUAAAUCACCACAGCUACUACACCAGUCUGCAUCUGGAGCUAUAUUUACAAUUUUGAGAUUUUUGUGUGUGUCUGAAUUUGAUGGUCAAAUCGACAUUACACAUUUUUUUCCAACAAUAAAGGUGAAAAAUGUAACGUUAACAGUUGUUACACACCGCUCCUUGGGCGCUGACUGGAAUAGCAACUGUUGGCACUAGCGUGGUUCAGGAAGUCAAGCCGAAAACCUGGUGUCUCUCAAUUAAUUAAGAGAACGAUCACGUUAGCAUCACUUGCUGUUUUUCAGUAGCAUUUCUCCUACCUCCUUGUUUUGCAGCCUUGAGUAUUGUUUGUCUCUCCACCUGUUCUGACUAUUAAAAAAAAGUCUAUUCACAGUAUGGGAUUACAGAUUUAUCAUAAGCAAUGGUCGUUAAACAUAAAACGUGUGCUUGGUUGUGCUGUAUGUGUAUAUGUCUAUUUGACGUUGAAAAAAAUAUUUAUGAGAAGCAUUUAUAUGACAAAAUACCACUGGAAUGUGAAGCCAGACAAUGUUAUGAAGCAGAUUAUGAUGAUAGUCUAUCCCCUUUAACAUUCAGUGGCAACUAGUCAAGAGGAUUCAUCUUUUUGAAAAAUAAAUAACCAUUGCAUUGGCUUCUUUUUUUUUCUGACACCAUCUAUUUCUUUGGUUUCCUCUUGUGCGUAUACUUCCCUGUCUAGCCCUAUAGUACACACUAUUUCAACGUUUACAGCUUCAUUCUGGGUCGUCAUUGAUUGCCCUGCAGUUGUAAUGAUACUACACAGGUUGUCAAAAGGAAGAUAGUAUGGUGGAUUUGUAAUUCUGUAUGAGGGCGAGUUUGAGCCCCUCGAGCCGUAUGCCUUCGAAUCCAUCUGUCCACUCAGAACCAAAUUCUUCUCUGUAGGCGUCUGUCUCCACACUGCCCUGAAAUUUUACAUUCAGUUUGACUUCAAUGGGUACAGGACAAGGUGAAAGGUUUGAGGUUUUCUGACCAGGUACCCCCACCCACCCAUACCUAAUCCAGGACAGGAUCAGCCCCGCUCCCCCUUCAUCCCCAACCACUGUCUCACCUAAACCUCAAGCCAUUCAUUUUUCUGUUUUGUUUCUUCAAUUCAAUGCAAUCCUGAAAGCACUUUGCCUUGUUAUUCCUUUGUGUGAACAUGUGAAUGAUAAUUUGUUACAAAAAUGUUAAAUAUGUAAAAGAUCAUUCACUGUUUUGGAAAAACCUGCAUCUGUCUUUCUGACGUUAAAAGAAAAAAAAAAAACAAUUUAGUGACAUUAAACCUGAAUCUAUUUUAUAAAAUGUUUGCUGCAGCCAAUUGGUCUUGUCAUUCAGUAUUGUGGCUUAGGGUUGUUUGUGUUCAAUAAAGUGCUAUUGCUACAUA